GAUGUCUAUUUAGCUGUCACUAAAUAUGGAAUCACUAGAAAAUUAUAAAGUUCUUAAAUCCGUUCUUGUGGCCAGUUUUUUUAUUUUGUGGGUUCAUUGGAUGUGGACGCGAAGAAACAUAUAUAAAUACGGUUUAAGUUUCCCGGUAUUAUAUGGUUUUCCAAUAAUUGGUUCUUUUUACAAAAUAAGGAGUGUGAACAACAUAGCUAGAGGAAUUAGUAAUAUUUUAAGGGAUUGUAAAAAUUACACUGUUUAUUUGUGGGUGGGAUGGUUUCCAAUCAUACUGACUGCAGAUGCGGAGAUUAUUACAAAUAUCUUGCGGUCUCCAGAAAUUCUUAACAAAGCUGAAAGUAUUUAUCAUCCUAUUCGUAGUACCUUUAAGGGUGGUCUUAUUGCAAGUAGAGCUGAUGAAUGGUCGAAGAAUCGCAAACUGAUAAAUCCUGCCUUUGCAAAUAAAGUGCUUAUGAGUUUCUUUCCAAUAUUUAAUAAAGCUAAGAAUAAUAUAAUUGAAAAGUGUGGCGAACUCGUAGACAAUAAGGAACAUAAUUUAAUGAAUGCUAUACAAACAAUGACUUUAACAUUAACUGCAGAAACAACUAUGGGCAAGUACAUGCACAAAGGUAACCGGAUUUCGAAUGAUGUGGCCAAACAUUAUUGUGUCAUAAUGGAAUAUGCAACGUUUAAUAUAAUACUUUCGCUUAUGAAACUCGGUUUCAUAAUGGAGUUGUUUUCGAAAUUUAGAAUCGCUAAAAAAUAUACAUACCAGUUUGUCGAAGAUUUGAUUCACAAAAAACUUUCUAAAACUGCUAAUGCAGAAAAAAGUAUUACAAAUACAAAAGAUGACAUGUCCAGUAAUGAGGAUUUCUUGCUUACAAACGAAGAAAAUGAAUUCACUAAUAAGGAAGAUGAUUUUGCAGACCUUUCUAUAAAAAAGGAGCCAAAAAUAUUUAUUGAUCAAGCAAUAAAACUAUACAAACAACAACUAUUCACAUGGAAUGAUAUAAUAAGUGAAUCAAAUACAAUUGUUGGAGCAGCAUUUGAGACUACAGCUAAUGCCAUUUAUUCUGCUCUUGUUAUGUUGGCCAUGCACCCGGAAAUCCAACAGCGACUUUUUGAGGAAGUUUUAGACGUAUUUCCUGAGAAAAACUUUAAUGCUGAGCUUGAUCAGUUAGAUCAGUUACAAUAUUUGGAUUGUGUAAUAAAUGAAACGUUUCGCUUUGCUCCACCUGUUCCUCUAAUCGGACGACAUGUUACAAAAGAUACACAAGUUGGCAAAAAUGUAUUUCCCAAAAAUACACAAAUUCUAAUCUCAAUACUACAUCUUCAUCGACGAACAGAUAUUUGGGGUCCAAAUGCAAAUAAGUUUGAUCCAGAACAUUUUUCAGCUGAAAACUUCGGAGAAACUCAAAAAUGUGCUUUUAUUCCAUUCUCUAGAGGUAGUAGAAACUGCAUAGGAUUACGAUAUGCCAUGUUCUCAUUGAAAAUCAUAUUAAGUGGACUUAUUCGGAACUUUAAAUUUGAAACUGAUUUUAAAUUCGAGAACCUCAGAUUUACGAGUCAAGUAGCAUUAAAAUAUUUAGAGGAACCCAGAUUGAAAAUUUGCAUGAGGUGAUAAGUUAUACGCAUAUGAGCUCAGUAAAAUCCAUAAAGUCUA